AUGGCAUUUAUUGCAUUAUUUCCUACAUAUAAUAGGAUUUUGCACACUAGACUGUCUAAAAAUGCUGUAAAUAAUUCAUUUUGCCUUAUUCAGGCAAGAUUCUCUAAAAUUCUAAGGUGGAUUCCUGACACACCUCAUGCCCAUUCAAUGAAUAAACUAACACAUUUCGAUGAUUUGAUAAACUACUGUUUGGAUAAUAGAGAUACCCUUGGCAAAAGGGAUAUAAUAGCUUCCCUUUCUUAUAUGAGAACUCUUAAAAAUUUUAACUUGUCGUCCAAAAAUUUUGUGAAAUAUAAUGAUUAUAUCAUGGAAAACUUGUCAAAAUUUGAUACAAAUAUACAUUUAUUGGUCCACAGAUACUCAAUUCUCGGUUAUAGUCCAGCUCUUAUAUCAAUUUAUGAUAACGAAUUGAAAAAUAAAAUUGGAAACCUUGACAAUAAGUCCUUGUGCCUAAUUUCGUGGAGUUAUGCAAAAAACAACGUUUUUAUUGAGGACUUAUUUGACAGUAUCGCAACUAUAGUUUUAAACCGCAACUCUAAACUGAACCUGACUGAUAUAUCACUACUUUUGUGGACCUUUGCGAAAAUUAACAGAAAAGCACCAGAAGAAGUUUUAAAGCUAAAAAACGAAUUUAUCAGUAUAAUAAAAUCAAUUGAGAAUACGCUAAAUAAUAAAUCAUCAGAUGAGAAUACCCAAGAGUACUUAGAUAAAGAGGGUUUGGUGGUACUAAUUCAUCAAAUUAUAGGUUCAUUCUACACAAAUGUGGUUCAUGAUAUUUGUAUGGCAGCUAAAUCCCUUUCAAUCUUGCUUCCUGGUGAUUUGUCCACAAUUUCACAAGUUUUCAAAAUUUUAUUCAAUAUAACAUCUGCCAGUAAACUAAGCAUAACAUCUCAGGGAAUAACUAGUUUAUGGGAGGCCUUGGAACAUUCAAAUCUUAAGGAUGAACAUAUAAUAGAAAAGUUAUGUGAAGCAUCUAGAUACUUGAGGUUGGACCAUUCAUUCAACUCUAACAUGUUGAACUCAAUUGUGACUUCCAUAUAUAAAUUAAGGAUUAAAGACCCCAGAAUCAUCUACCAAAUAGUCCACUGGCUUGAAAAAAGAGGUGUUCAGAUGCACGCCAGUCAAAUGUAUAAUAUCAUAUGUCUUUUGGACCAAAUGUGCAUAUACCACGAUAAAGCUUGGAAACAGCUAGAAAUUUAUACAACAUUUUUAAACGAAAUGGUUUCGACUCUCUUAAUUACGCUUAUAUCUUCCACACAUUUCCAUUAUAAUCUAUAUUUAGGAAAGGGAAAUGAUCGCAUAUAUGGCAUACUCGAUCAUUUCAUGAUAUGUAAACAGGAUAUUGAACAAUUUGGAUUUGUUUAA